AUGAAGCUCACCACCGUCCUCUCUCUCGCUCCCCUUCUCGGCGCCGCAACCGCCCAGGGACAACAAGAACCCUUCACCCUCAACGUCCGCUGGUCCAACAGCAUGGGUACCCUUCAGGGCCCCCUGAACGCCAACGCCGGCGCCUUCUGGAUCGGCAAGCCUACCUCCUCCUUCUGCCCGGAGACCGUCAAGGACUGCCCAGCCGCCGUGAAUACCACCUCGUUCGUCGCUCAGGGCUCGAAGCUGUUCCUCAACGCCGCUGUGCCCGGCGGUCAGCAGGUCUACUUCUCCCCCGAGGGCCAGUUGACCUACACAAUCCCGCACAGCGGAAACAUCCCCGACGGCUCGCUCACCGACCUCCCCAUCAUGAAGGACGGCUUCCUCAACCCGUUCCUGACGCUGUGGCUGUGCAGCGCCGACAAGGACGCCAAGCAGUGGCAGGUUUGGGCCGAGUACACGAAUGGCACUACGGGUGCGAUCACCAACAAUGGCUCCAAUGGGCAGAAUGCUUGCACGAGGAUGUCGCUCGAGGCAGAGCCGUAUAAGGGAGAUAAGGCUUGGGAGUUCUGA